GACAGCCAACUGCCUGCUAGCCGGCCGCACCCAGCAAGCCUUCCAGCGUGCUGACACCCAGGCUGACCCUUGGAAGGAAGAGACUGCAGGCGGUGACCACGGCUAGCGGAGGACGGAGGGUGGACUGGAGGCCGAGGCCGCCGGCCACUGCCUCCCGCAGGACGGCAUGCAGGGCUGCCUGACCCUUCUGCCCAUCUUCCUGGCACUCUGGGCUAUCGCUGGCGUCUGGAUUGUUUUUGCCAUCGCUGUGGCCAACCGGACUGUGAACCUCACCCAAGGAUUCCCCUACAUCAGUAUCUGUGGCUCCUACCCGCCUCAGAGCUGCAUCUUCAGCCAGGUUCUCAAUAUGGGGGCUGCUAUGGCCAGCUGGAUCUGCAUUGUGCGUUAUUACCAGCUCCGGGACUGGGGCGUCGGAACGCGGCUUAACCAGGUGACCAUGUGGUCCGGGCUCAUCUGUGCUCUAGGAACCUCCAUAGUGGGCAACUUUCAGGAAAAGAACCAGAAACCCACACACCUGGUGGGGGCCUUCCUCGCCUUCGUCUCAGGCAACACCUACUUCUGGCUGCAGUGCUUUCUGUCCUGGCGGAUGAAGAGCCUGCCCCAGCCCGGGGAGCCCUGGGUCCGGCCGCUGCGCCUGAGCCUGUGCAGCCUGUGCAGUCUCCUCAUUGUGGCCAUGGUGGUUCUCCACGUCUGGCCGCAGCGCUCGGCCGCCGCCGCCUGUGAGUGGGCCUUGGCCAUGGGGCUCUUCGCGCUCUUCGGGCUCUUCGCCGUGGACUUCUCAGACCUAGACAGCUGCAGCCUGUGCCUGCGGCCACAGGGUCCCCAGGACGCACCCCCAGGGGCCUCUCCGCCCGCAGCUCCGAGUGGCACCAGCGCCGCCGCAGAGCACCCCUGUGCUGGCGUCUGGACGCUUGGAGCCGCCCUGGAGCAGGCACCCCGCGCUCGCCUGUCCCUCCCGAUACAGUGAGGGGGGGCACCCAGGAAGCCAGAGACCAGCCUUGCUUUCGUCCCUGAUCAAGGCUAUUUAUUAUUAUUUUUUGUUGUUGCCGCCCCGGCAGAAUCAGAGACAUGGACGCAGGCAGGAACACGCGAAACCAGAACUCCUUCCGGGAGAGCAAAUCCGUACAGAAGGUCAUAGGGGUCGGGGAGGAGGGGCCCAGGGAGGGAAGCUGGGGAUGACACAGGGACAGAGGGCCCUGUCCGGAUCUGCUAAGCCACCCCAACCAGCUCCCGUCCCUCCCCCACCCCA